AGAGAGAGAGAGAGAAAGAGACAGACAGAAAGAGAGAGAGAGAGAGAAAGAAAGAGAGAGAUACUCCUUUCUAAAUUUCUUAAAAUUAUUUUGAUUAUUGUUCUGCGCAAUGAUGGAUGCGCACUGUACGUAUAUAAAAUUUAACGAGCUUUGUCGUUUUACUUUAAUGUAUCGAUCAAGUUGGACAUUUGUAAAAUUUUAUCAUUGUAUAAUCAUUAUGUUAGAUACGAAUGACGAAAGAAUAUUUUAUCCUUUGGAAAUAUUAUGCUUCAUCAAAAUUUUAGUAACUAUGCAUCGCGUGUAGGAAGUAGUUAGCGAUAAUGUCAAAAGGUGCGCUGGUGUUCCACUAAGCUACCCCCAGUCUUACUACCCCCACCCUUCCGUUUCAGCUCCCCUAGCUAGUGCAAAUCUCGACGGAUGAAUGUUUUCUUAAGGGAUUCUUCCCGAAACCGACGCGAAUUUAUAAGAGGAGUCAUCUGAGGCUUGUAAUUGCUUCCUUUACAGUAUAUUACCUUAAUCAUGGAAAGUGGAAGUAAUUUGCCUAGUCCAGGCAAUUAUCCAGGUGGGAAUCGGCAACAGUUUUGUGUAUCAUGGAAUUCUCACCAGUCAAACAUGCACAGUGCUUUUCCAAAGCUAUUGAGCUCAGAACAAUUCGUCGAUGUUACUUUAGCUUGUGAUGGUGGUUCUAUCAAAUGUCAUAAAGUGGUAUUAUCUGCCUGUAGCGAUUAUUUAGAACGCUUAUUGCUAGAAAUACCAUGUACUCAUCCUAUUAUUUUUCUGAGAGAUAUGAGAAUGUGGGAACUUCAAGCAUUGGUCGAGUUUAUGUACCGUGGUGAAGUAUACGUAGAACAACAACAGCUUGCAAAAUUGAUGCAAGCUGCAGAAGUCCUGCAGGUUCGUGGCUUAUCGACUCAGGGAAGUGAUAGCUCUUCAAUCGAGAGUAAUUCACAACAAUGUGAUUCUAAUCCACCUAUCACUCCAUCAACGCCAACUCAACAUGAUGUACCUCAUUUCAAAUCCGAUGACACUCACUCUAACGAUGAAGGCAGCUCAAGCUUUUUGGAGCCUACCUCAGUUGCUGGAUCUAGUACAGGAAAUGUUCCAUCUCAUAAUAAUACUCCAACUUCGCAAAAUCCAAACUCAUCCAAUUUUAUGGAACAUAGUGAAGCAUUACAACAUUUGGAAAAGGCUCUUAGUGCUUGCGAAGCUACUCUAACAGAAACUCAGGGGAUGGUUAAAAUGGAACCAGAUGAACAAUUUUCUCAACAGCAAGAUGUCAAGCCUUAUUCUAUCACUAUGGUACGAAAUAGUAACUGCAAUCCCAGCAGUCCAUUUCCUGCUAUAGAAGGUUAUCAAAGACGACAAAGACGUUCAGAAGAAGAACUUAAACAAGCUUCAGAUAUGGUUGCACGUGGCAUGACAUUUCAGGUGGCAUCAGAAAAAUAUAAUAUACCUAUCAGUACGAUUCGUUUCUAUAUGGUUAGGAAGGGAAUUUUACAAAGGCGAAAGCGUGGACGUGGUUCCAGCAAUCUUGGAGUGAACAGUCAACCAGAAAGUCCUGCAAGCCCACCAUUUCAUAUGAUAAACUACCGUUUGCCAGACAGCCUAAAUUCCAGCCUACCGUAGUGCUAUACCAAAAGUAUUACCGAGACAAAUAUCUAUUGGCAUGAUAGGCAGAGCGAUCGGGAAUUAUUAUUGUUUCCAAGACAACGCUACAUUUUGCGAGAAUUAUUGUUAUGACAACUGUUAUAUAGUCGCACGAUAAUAGUAAGCACAACGUACUCUAUUUUAUUUGUGAACAUGAUUUAGGAUUAAAAGAAAAAAAAAACGUAAAAGAAAAAAAGAAAAAAAAGGAAACGUACGAUUAAUCUGAAAGUUGGAAAAUUUAGAAGAAGAAGAAGAAGAAGAAGAAGAAGAAGAAUAAGAAGAAAAAGAAAAACAAAUUCGAUAGGAAGAUAUAAUACAAUUAAUAUUCUAUUAUACUUAGUUUAUAAAUUUGUUAUUAUAAACAAAAUUGAUUAAGACAAAAAUGUAGUAUAAUAAGUUGCACAAAACCACGAUGCGGUUAUUGCGCUUUCGGAUGAACAUCAAUGAGUCUUCGCAUGCCAUUUGGCGUUCUCAAAAUCGGAUUAAUGUCCGAUGUUUUAUACAGGAAUCGUUAUAGAAAAUCAUGGAGUUAUAGAGAAUUUAAUUUUUCGAAUCUAUAUAUAUAUAUAUAUAUAUAUAUAUAUAUAUAUAUAUGUAUAUACAUAUAUAUCUGAUAAGAUUAACGAAUCUAUUAUGAUUAGUUGUGUGAAGAAUCAUGUUUUAUCUAAAAUCUUACGCGGAACGAAUCAUAUACUUCGAUCAUGGGUUUAUCAGAGUCAACGUUUUCAUCGAAUUAUCAGUGAAAAGUUUUUUUGUAUUAGCUCAUAUAUAAAUCAUGUAAAAUAAUAUUCCGUUUUGUUGAUUUUCAAUGACAUAUCGUUAAACCUAAAAGACACGUACACUGUGUUUAAAACGCGUGCAAUAUUCAUUGAGAUAUCAUUGAAGGAUCAUUGAAGGAUCAUUGAAAGAUAAACGUGCGAUCGAUGUAUCAAUACGUAAAAUGAUUUGCGCUUAAUGGAUUCGAAAAGUUCAGGUUGCGCAAAAAAAAAAGAAAGAAAAAAAAAAGAAAAGAAAAAGAAAAUCAUGU